ACCAUCCAUCUUUUCCCCAGCAAGCAACGCCUUGCGGCGGCGGUGACAGCGACGCCGCGGUAGGAGAGACAUUAAGGAUUCCAUCGCCUCCGGAGCCAGGAUUCUCCUCCGCACUAUAAAGUUCCGUGGAGCCGGCCGGGAGAAUUCGGUGAGACAAUAGAAAUCGAGAUCAGAAGGUCAAAGAAAGCCAAGAGGAUAGCGGAUCAGCCGGUUUCGGGCGGCGCCGGCGAUGUCGUCGUCGUGGAACUCGGUGGGGCUGGAGGUGCUGUACCAGGUCAUCGGCUGGAUCGCCUUCGCGGCCUGGUCCUUCAGCUUCUACCCGCAGGUCGUCCUCAACUACAAGCGCAAGAGUGUCGUGGGUUUGAACUUUGAUUUCCUGGUGCUGAACUUGACAAAGCACUCUUCCUACCUCAUAUAUAAUGCUGCUCUAUUCUUCAGCCCUGUCAUCCAGAAACAGUAUCAUGACAAGUUUGGUGAUAAAGAGAUGAUUCCUGUUGCUGCAAAUGAUGUUGCUUUUUCUGUACAUGCUGUUACCUUGACAGCUUUUACCCUUUCUCAAGUACUCAUCUAUGAGCGUGGGAAUCAGAAAGUCUCCAAAGUGUGCAUAUCAAUCACUGCUGUGGUCUGGACAGCUGCUAUUGUUUGCCUUAUUGUAGCUUGGCCAAAAAGUAACUGGCUAUGGCUUAUUGAUAUAUUCAACACAAUACAGGUUAUGAUGACAGCAAUCAAGUACAUCCCUCAGGCUGUGAUGAACUUCAGGAGGAAGAGUACUACUGGUUGGAGUAUUGGCAAUAUAUUACUUGAUCUUACAGGAGGGGUGCUGAACUUUGGUCAGAUGGGUGUGCAAUCUAUUGAUCAGCACACCUUAGUGAAUUUCUAUGGAAAUAUCGGGAAAACCCUUCUUUCAUUGGAAGUUGUUUUCUUCGAUGUUAUAUUCAUAAUUCAACACUAUGUGCUGUACCCUGUCAAACGCGAUGAGAAUGGUAAGGCUAUCAUUUCUGAGAGGGUAGCGCCUCUUAUCAGGCCCUUAGACAAGCCUGAAGAAGAUAGUGUUUGAUAUAUACAAUGCAGUCCACACAUUGCCUCGGUUACAUUUCUUAUUUUAUGCAGUGUGAACUAACUGUUGUACAUAUUUAUUCACGGGUUACUGUAAAAAUUUAGAUAUCACGCACCUUCAACUAGCUACUAUACAUUUUUAUUUAAAGUAACUUAUCA